UUUUGUGUGUGUGUGUGUGUGUGUGUGUGUGUGUGUGUGUGCGUGUGUGUGUGUGUGUGUCUGUGUGUGUGUGUGUGUGUGUGUGUGUGUGUGUGUGUGUGUGUGUGUGUGUGUGUGUGUGUGUGUGUGUGUGUGUGUGUGUGUGUGUGCGCUCUGUGAGGAGGAGCAGGCUGUGGGUGUGAUUUCGUGGAUCAUUCUGUCUUGAGGGCUGGGACUUGGCCCCUCCCACCUCUCAGUCACCACAGCUGGCUCGGUGGUCUGACAGCACAACGCCUACCUCUGGUGAUGUGAUUCCAACCCCGGUUCCUGGGAGAUGCAUGUGUGUGUGUGUGAGUCUGGAGAGGUCCAUUGGCCGGCAAGUCCCCAGGGAGAUUAAUGGAGGACGACCAUAAGGGCGCACAGGUGGAAACCAAAUGGUUUUAACAGGAUUCCUCCUUUUUUCCCCCCGUGCUGGUUCUCGAAGUACAGAGGCCUACACUUGUGAUCAAUUCUUCAACUCAUUUUUCGUCUUCAGGAAAGUUGUCAGGACUGAAGAGGUCCGCCAUGUGACCCCCCCAGGGACCUCAUCUCCGGCUGAGACAAGAUGGCAGACCCUGGAGGGCUCUGGAUGCCGUCUCAGUGAGCCAUGGAGGAGAUUCGCUCGCUCCUGACCCCCGACGUCAACAAUGACAGCACCACGCCCUGGGCCCCGGGGCCCCCGGCCGUCAGCAGACCGCUGGACCCCCCAACCGGAGCCCCGCUGCGCCUCAAGGACCUGGCGGGGGUCUUCUUCAUGGUCGCCCUGAACGUCCUGGCGCUCCUCGCCAACACGGCCGUGAUCGUGGUCAUCCUCAAAGCCCCCCACCUGCGCAAGUUCGCCUUCGUGUGCCACCUGUGCGUGGUGGACCUGCUGUCCGGCGGGCUGCUCAUGCCCCUGGGCAUCAUGUGCAGCUCGCCCUACUUCGCCGGCCUGGUGUUCACCGUGCCCGAGUGCCAGACGUACGUCUUCCUCAACGUCUUCCUCAUGGCCGCCUCCAUCUUCACCAUCACCGCCAUCAGCGUGGAGCGCUACUACUACAUCGUGCACCCCAUGCGCUACGAGCUCAAGAUGACCUGCAAGCUGACGGCCGCCGUGGUGGCGCUGGUGUGGCUGGCGUCCGCCGCGCUGGGCCUGGCCACCGUGUUCGGCUGGUCGUCCCACGCCGCCCGGGGGGGCGCCGUCAGCGCUGCCCGCUGCUCGCUGCGCUGGGGCCGCAGCGAGCACCAGCGGGUGUUCUCGCUGCUGUUCUGCGUGACCUGCUUCUGCCUGCCCGCCGUGGUCCUCUUCGCCGUGUACUGCAACGUGUACAAGGUGGCCCGCGUGGCCGCCCGGCAGCACGGCCCCCCGCCGCCGCCGCCCUCCACGAUGGCCGCCACGCAGGUGAAGAGCCGCGCCGACUCCAUCAGCAGCCAGACCACCAUCAUCACCACCGCGCGCCACGCCCCCCGCAGCGCUCCCAGGGCCCGGCCCUUCGGGGGCAGCAAGGCCGCUCUCACCCUGGUGGUCAUCGUGGGGCAGUUCCUGAUCUGCUGGCUGCCCUACUUUGCCUUUCAACUCCACCUGAGCCUGGAGGCCUCGUCCGGCAUCUCGGAAGACCUGGAGGACGCGGUCACCUGGCUGGCCUACUCCUCCUUCGCGCUGAACCCCUUCUUCUACGGGCUGCUGAACCGGCAGAUCAGGGAGGAGCUGGACAAGCUGCGGCGCUGCUACUCGGCCCGGCCCACAGAGAUGUUCUCCUUGGGCCACGAGGCCGCCGGACACGAGAACUUCCUGCAGUUCCUCCACCGGACGAGCUGCACGGUGGACACGCGCGCCAGCUUCACCGCCUCGUCCAGCCCCAGGCCCCCCCUGGACCAGACCCCGCAGCCCGCCGUCCGGAUACCGGGGCAGAUCCCCGAGGAGCUGAGCUAGGCGGGACCUCGCGGUGGUUGUUGAACAGGAUCUUCAGGGUUCAGACUUUUUUAUUGAGGAGGAUAUAAUGUGGCCAGGAAGCCGCCCAGGUUGUGCUAUGUCAGACACGCAGCAUAUGGAGUAUUGUAACAUGUGCUCUUGUAUUUUGAAUUGUGGUGUUAUUAUUGAGAAAUAUAGUACAAAUGUCGUUUUUGACCAAACUGUUAAGGACAUACAGAUUUCUGCUAUAUAAGACCUUUUUUUUUUUACAUAUAUAUUUGCUACAAGAUGUACGUUUUAUGGUGAUAUACUUUCCGUGUGUCUUUAUUUUUUUGUAUAAUAACGGGUAAUAUCGCAGACU